GGUCAGCACGUCUUUCACAACAUUUGAACGAGGAGACACUGCUCAGGCACACAUCUCUGACUGCUGGACUGAGACAAUUGGAAGCAAAUUUAUGGACUAAAAUCGUGGAAAUGUGGAAGCAAGCAAAACUGACUGAACACAGAAGAUCUAUGGCUUUCUGAGGAUCCAGCUCACAGGUUAAAAUGGAUACUCUACUCGGACAAGUUCUGGAGGGCUUCAAUGGGACUACUCAGGCUUCCAAUCGGACAGACCCUCUAGAGAAGUUCUCUGGCACUCAGCUUCUUCUGCGCUUCAAGCCUCUUUUUCUGCCGCUGUACUCAGUAGUUGUUGUGGUAGCUGGUGUAGGAAAUAGUUUCCUGCUUGCCUGCAUUCUAGCUGACAAGAAGCUUCACAAUGCCACCAAUUUCUUCAUUGGCAACUUGGCUGCUGGAGACUUGCUGAUGUGUUUGAGCUGUGUUCCUCUCACUGCCUCUUAUGCCUUUGACUCACGUGGCUGGGCUUUUGGCCAGCCUCUCUGUUACCUUAUACCGCUCCUGCAAGGUGCCACUGUCUUUGUCUCUGUGCUGUCCCUUACUGCCAUUGCCAUUGACCGCUAUGUGGUGGUGGCAUAUCCUGUCAGAAGACGCAUUUCAGUAUGGGGAUGUGGGGCUGUGGCUCUGGGGGUCUGGGCAAUCUCACUGGUUUUAGCUGCUCCACCUUCAUUGCACAUGCGCUAUGUGGACCUGCGGCUCAGUGGCAUGGAGCUAGUGGUGUGUGAGGAGUUCUGGCUAGGUGCAGAGAGGCAGCGUCUGCUGUAUUCUUGCUUCUUCCUGCUGGCCUCCUACAUGAUCCCACUUUUGUCUGUCAGCAUUUCCUACUGUGCCAUCAGUGUGCACCUCCACAGACAUACACUUCCUGGAGAGCCUAUUCACAGACAACACCAGUGGAACAGGCAGCGGCGCAAGACCUUCUCCCUUCUGGUGGCCUCUGUGCUUGCCUUUGCCCUGUGCUGGCUUCCACUCCAGAUACUCAACCUGCUGCUAGACCUGGACACUGACUUCCGCAUCGUGGACAAGCACUAUGUCAAUGUACUGCAAGUCAGCUGCCACCUGGUGGCCAUGAGCUCAACCUGUUACAACCCUUUUAUCUAUGCCUCACUGCACAGCAAAGUGCGCAUUCACCUGCAGGGUUACUUGUGCCCUUGCAAGCCAAGUAGGGGUCAGCUGUUGUCACACUGUGUCUCUCGCAACCCAGCCACUUGCUUUACUCUCAUUUCAGAGAACCAUGCAGCCCGGAGUCCUAAUCCUGACAGCCCUCUAUAAAGCCACACAAGAUGUACCAUACACUCACAUUGGUUAUUCAGAUAUAAGAAAAUAAGCAUAAUAUGGUUCACAUAUGUUCCCACACCAGCAUUUAGUGUUCUCAUCUGAUAAAAAAAAAAAAAACUUUGUUGGCAUAAGAUUAUUAACAGUUAGUCAAGCAUUCUUCCUUACAUGUUAAAAACCUGUUUGUUUUUUGCUGUUUUUAAAAUAAACUCUUCUCUUGUUUGUAAUGUUGCUUGUCAGUGGGAGGACUCUAACCAUCAGUUUCUGCCUGCACUUCAUCAGGAUUGUACCAAACCAUAACUAAAUGUUGAUACUCCUUCCUGAUGCCUCUUUUGCCUCAUUUUUUUCCCCUCAAACAUUUCUCUCCUUCUUGCUAGCUGGUCUCUGCCCAUGUUGGUGUCAAGUGGAUGUUUAUUCUGUCUUCUUAGCCAAUUAAAUUAGCAUGAAACUCAGUAACUUAAUAUUGAACCAUGUCCCCUUAUACAUCACCUGUGAGUGAGAGGUACAGAAUAUCUCUGGUCCUCUUAGUCUUUUGUUUCUAUUCUCCUGAAAAUCCCUGCUCCUGUAAAAGUCAUUACUUAUUAUUACUUAUUAUUUCAUUAUCUCUUACAGUUUUACUCACACAGAUGUUCAACAACUCUCAACAAAGCUGUGUAAUCUAGAAUGAAAAGACUGUAUAUAUUUCCCUGUGUCCAGUACUGAUAGCUUCAGUUUCUGUUAAAGGUUACCAACACAAUUGCCUAAGCUGUGAACAUGUUCAGUAGCCAUUCUGUUUGGCACAUGGUGAACAGUACGUGAUGCUUUAUCUGUUAUCUAUUGGGAACAAGAGGGUGUUUGUAGUGCUAUUAUGUGUCUUUGUCAUUUCCUUUUGUGAGCUGUGAGAAUCAAUCCCUCAUUCUGACAGGCCACUAGAAGUGUAAAAUUGGCAUAAUAUAAGGUUAAUGCAUUCACGCUACUGGGGCAGUUCCCUACUGGAGGUUAGGGAACCGGCCCUGUGAUCGGAAGGUUGUCAGUUCGAUCCCCAGUGCCGACAGUAUGUGACUGAGGCGGCCUUGAGCAAG